AAGCGCGGGGAUUCCCCGCGGGGCCGGGCGCGCCCCCCGUGUGCUGACGGCGGCGGUAUCGGUGAGGUGGUUAACGUGACGAGGAUUGCCGGGUGAGGUGAGCGGGGAGUGGCGCAGCUACUCCCGGCAUGCGUGGUGUGACAACAACGCGCCCUGGUGGAAUGCGGGGGGCGGCCCCUGCGCUGCUGCCGCUGUCUGCGUGUCCUGCGCAGCGCUCUUUGUCGAUGUUUCCUCCGGGUUGAUGCCGGUGAUGAGGACGAUAACGACGACGACGAUGAUGAUGAGGCGUGGGGGGGCCCUACUCCUCGCGAUCGUGGGGGUCCUGGUGGUGCGAGGAGGGGGGCAGCUUCGUGGGGACCUGGGACCCGUGCAGGGCGCUUCCCAGCGCUCGUGCUGGCUGAACGCCCCGCACGUGGUCACGUUUGACGGGCGCGCGAUGCUCUUCCACGGAACAUGCACCUACACCCUGGUGGCCCCCUGCGUGGGGGGCACCCCCGUUGCCGCGCCCCCCUGGGAGGUGAUCGUCUCCCUCGGGGACCCCAACAGCCCCGGGGUCUCCGUGCGCCUCCACAACCUCACCGUGUCACUGGGGCGCGAUGGGGCCGCGCAGGUGGACGGUGUUCGCGUGUCGCUACCGGCCCGCCCCUCCCCGCGGGUCUGGCUUCGGGCGAGCGGCUCCUUCGUGCUGAUGGGCCUGGCCGAGGCGGGGCUGUGGGUGCGCUGGGACGGGGGGCGCUCCGUGUGGCUGUCGCUCGACCCCACCGUGGCCGGGACCGUGUGCGGCCUCUGCGGCGACUUCAACGGGGACCCCGGGGACGACGCGGCGGGGCCCGACGGGGUGCCGAGGAACUCGAGCGCCGACGUCGGCAACAGCUGGAAGCGCGCGGCGCGACCCGCCGGGUGCUCCGAUGACGAUGGCUGGGCGCCGCAGCCGAGCGCCGUGCUGCAGAGCGAGGCGGCGCGUCUAUGCGCGCCCCUGGUGGCCACCGGCGGGGACCUGUCCCCCUGCCACUCCGCGGUGGACCCCGAGGCGCCGCACGCCGCCUGCGUGUGGGACGUGGCCGUGUCCGGCCUCACCCAGGCCACGCUCUGCCGGGCCCUGGCCAACUACCACGACUCGUGCGCGCGAGCCGGGGGCACCCCCAGCACGGCGUGGAGGGGACCCGCGGGAUGCCCGGCCCCUCUAUGCCCCGAGCGAGCCUCGUACCAGUCCUGCCUGAGGUCGUGCUCCUCCACGUGCUGGCAGCCCCAGGAGGAGGCGGUGCCGGGCUGCUCUGAGCCGUGCGUGGAGGGUUGCGAGUGCCCCCAGGGCUACGCGCUGCAGGACGGCGCCUGUCAGGCCCUCUACACGUGCGGCUGCGUGUGGCAGGGCUUCUACCACGCGGUGGACACGUGGUGGUUGGCCCCCGGCUGUGCACGCCGCGUGGACUGCGUGGGGCGGGGCUUGACGAGGGAGUCGGCGGCGCAGUGCGGGGGGGGGGAGGUCUGCGAGGCGCGCGACGGGGCCUACGGCUGCUUUAAAGGCCGCGUGACGGUGGAGUGCGACGCGGAGGCGAUGACCGCGCGCAUCCCGCGCGCGCUGUCGCUGGCGGCGCGCGCCUCCGAGCUGCGCCUCUCGCGCGCCACGCCCGGGGAGCCGCUCUGCGCGCUCUCCGAGUCCGCCGACUUCUUCUCCUUCACCAUCGCCGUGGGGGACUGCGGCACCCUCGUCAACGAGACGGACUCGGAGAUCACGCUGCAGCAGACCAUCGUCUACGGGAACCUGUCCAAGAAGGCGGUGAUCAUCCGCAACCAAGUGGAGACCAUCACCGUGAUCUGCCGCUACCCAAAGCGCGCGCGCCUCUCGGUGGUGAUGACGCCGGACCUCGGCAACCUGACGGCGAGCGAGGAGGGCUUCGGCUCCUUCUCCUUCGCGCUCGACCUCUACCGCGACGCCACCUUCUCCUCCGCCUUCACGGCCGCCGACUUCCCGCUGCUGCCCGCCUACCGCCAGCGCCUCUACCUGGCCGCGUCGGCGCUCACCCCCCUCGACGUGCAGCUGCUGCUGCUCAACCUGUUCGCGACGCCCAGCGCCGACCCCGGCAACGCCGUGCGCCGAGACAUCAUCGCCAGCGGGUGCGACGUGGACUCGACGCUGCAGACGCACGCCUCGAGCGGCCACACCAAGACGCAAGUCAGCUUCGAGGCCUUCAGCUUCACCGGAUACAAGACGGUCUUCGUGCACGCCGACCUGAUGCUGUGCCGGCAAGGCGUGGCGGGCACGCGGUGCGAGCGCGGCUGCGUGCCGGUGCCGGGGGGCCGCGUGCGCCGGGCGGCGGCGGCGGCAGCCGAGACGGCGGUGCGCACGGUGACGCGGGGGCCGAUCGUCCCGCAGGCGAGGCAGGCGGCGGGCCCCACUACGACCACCGGGCAAACCCUGGACGGCUCUUCCUCCACCACACCGAGAUCCAAGUCCUCGUCCACGUCCUCGUCCACGUCCUCCGCCUCCACCACCUCCUCCUCCUACUCCACCACCUCCACCACCACCUCCUCCACCACCUCGGCAACAACCACCAAGAAGUCGUCGUCGCCGUUGUCCACCCCAUCUGGGACCCCCGCCACGUCGGGCACCUCUUCUCAGGCCACGUUGGUCCAGGGCACGCCGCCGCCUCCACCGCCGUCGCCGGCGGCGGCCGUGGACACGGCGCGGGUGGUGGGCGCGGUGGUCGGCGCGGUGGCCGCGGGCACCGCGGUCUGCGUGGCGGUGGCCGCGUACCUCAUCCACGCCGGCACGUGCCCCGCGUUCGGUCGCCCUCCGACCAUCAGCUACGUGCGCGCCUUCUAGCGCAGGGCCUCCACCCCGAUCUCCCCUCCUCUCCGCUCCUUCUCCCCUCCCCCCACGCCCCUGCGUCCUCUGCAGGUCGUCGCGCCGUGCCCUUGAAGGGCUGAACCUUGGCCGCGCGGAAUCGGUCUCCCCGUCACCGGAAGGUUUGUUUAAAGCAGCCGCGCCCCGGGGAAAAACACGCAAACGUAGGGUCAACGUCAACCAACGUUGGUCCGACGUUCGCGCGUUCGCAGGGUGAGCCCUUCGCGGCCGUCGGGACCCAAUGGGGGGCCUCCACGUGUCCCCUGUGUAGACCGGCUCGUGUGGUGGCGAAGGAUCUCUAUGCUGUGUCUA